ACCGCGGUGGCUGCCGGGAGGAGGUGGAAAGCCAGGAAGUAAACAUUGACCCAUCGCUUUGGUUUCUCUGCGGUGGUUUUGGGGUCGGCUGCGGCGGGACUGGAGGAGGGCAAUUAACCAUGUCAGCUGCAGCUGUGGAUGCAGUUAAUGCUGCCUCCCUGUCAGGGUCCAAAGAAAUGAGUUUGGAAGAACCAAAGAAGAUGACCAGAGAGGACUGGAGAAAGAAGAAGGAACUAGAAGAACAGAGAAAACUGGGUAAUGCUCCUGCAGAAGUUGACGAAGAAGGGAAAGACAUCAACCCUCAUAUUCCUCAGUAUAUUUCUUCCGUGCCAUGGUAUAUUGAUCCAUCAAAAAGACCUACUUUAAAGCAUCAGAGACCACAACCAGAGAAACAGAAGCAGUACAGCUCCUCUGGAGAAUGGUACAAGAGGGGUGUAAAAGAGAAUUCCAUAACAACUAAGUACCGCAAAGGAGCAUGUGAAAAUUGUGGCGCCAUGACACACAAAAAGAAAGACUGCUUUGAGAGACCCAGGCGAGUUGGAGCAAAAUUUACAGGUACUAAUAUAGCUCCAGAUGAACAUGUCCAGCCUCAGCUGAUGUUUGACUAUGAUGGGAAGAGGGAUCGGUGGAAUGGCUACAAUCCGGAAGAACACAUGAAAAUUGUAGAGGAAUAUGCCAAAGUUGAUCUGGCAAAACGAACACUGAAAGCCCAGAAACUCCAAGAAGAGUUGGCAUCAGGAAAAUUAGUGGAACAGGCUAAUUCUCCAAAACACCAGUGGGGAGAAGAGGAACCAAAUUCUCAGACGGAAAAAGAUCAUAAUAGUGAAGAUGAGGACGAAGAUAAAUACGCAGAUGAUAUUGACAUGCCUGGACAGAACUUUGACUCUAAGAGACGAAUUACUGUCCGGAAUCUCAGGAUUCGAGAAGAUAUUGCAAAAUAUUUGCGGAAUUUAGAUCCAAAUUCUGCUUACUAUGAUCCCAAAACUAGAGCGAUGAGAGAGAAUCCCUAUGCCAAUGCAGGAAAGAACCCAGAUGAAGUGAGCUAUGCGGGAGAUAACUUUGUUAGAUACACAGGCGAUACCAUUUCAAUGGCUCAGACACAGUUGUUUGCUUGGGAAGCCUAUGACAAGGGAUCUGAAGUGCAUCUGCAAGCCGAUCCUACAAAACUUGAGCUGUUGUAUAAGUCCUUCAAAGUCAAAAAAGAAGACUUCAAGGAACAGCAGAAAGAAAGCAUCCUGGAAAAGUAUGGCGGCCAAGAACACCUGGAUGCCCCUCCAGCUGAGUUGCUUUUAGCUCAGACGGAAGACUAUGUGGAGUACUCAAGACAUGGGACAGUCAUCAAAGGACAGGAGCGGGCCGUCGCCUGCUCUAAGUAUGAGGAGGAUGUGAAGAUCCACAAUCACACGCAUAUCUGGGGAUCUUACUGGAAAGAAGGCCGAUGGGGAUACAAAUGCUGUCACUCUUUUUUCAAGUACUCCUAUUGUACUGGAGAAGCUGGGAAGGAGAUUGCUAAUUCAGAGGAAUGUCUUGUAAAUGAUAUCACUGGAGAAGAAUCGGUGAAAAAACCUCAAACCCUCAUGGAGAUGCAUCAGGAAAAACUAAAAGAGGAGAAAAAGAAGAAGAAGAAGAAGAAGAAGCAGCAUCGAAAGAGCAGUUCAGACAGCGAGGACGAAGAAAAGAAACAUGAAAAAUUGAAAAAGGCACUGAAUGCAGAGGAGGCCCGCCUUCUCCAUGUCAAGGAGAUCAUGCAGAUUGAUGAGAGGAAGCGGCCUUACAAUAGCGUAUACGAAACUCGGGAACCCACGGAAGAGGAAAUGGAGGCCUACAGAAUGAAACGUCAGAGGCCCGAUGACCCCAUGGCCUCCUUCCUUGGACAGUAGUAACUAGUCGUAGAUGGUCACCCAAGAUAGACACUGCUGAUACAUUCUUUGAGCUUCUUGCUGAUGAUUGUAGGUGGAAAACUCUGUGUCUACUCUUCUUGUGCCUGACUUUAAUAAAGGUUCCAGAAGUCUCAUGGUAAAUUCAUUCCUUCUCACACAGAAGAAACAAAGAAGAAAAAGAAAGAGGAGAUACAUUAAAGGCAGAGUAAGAUUUUUUUCCAAUUUUAUAUUAGUGAUGUGGAAGGAGGCCUUGGCUCUCUACCUAUCAAGAAUAUCUUAUGCUCAGGGCCAGCCCCGUGGCCGAGUCGUUAAGUUCGCACGCUUGCUUCGGCAGCCCAGGAUUUCACCGGCUCGAAUCCUGGGCAGGGACAUGGUACCACUCAUCAGGCCAUGCUGAGGUGGCAUCCCACAUGCCACACCUGGGAGGACCCGCAACUAAAAAUAUACAACUGUGUACUGGGGGGGCUUUCGGGAGAAAAAGGAAAAAAUAAAAUCUUUAAAAAAAGAAAAGAAGAAUAUCUUACGCUCUAUAUUUAUUAAGUCUCAAACUUUAUUUCUUCAAUUUUUAUGGUCCUUUAGUGUUAGCACACAUCUUGAAGGCAGAUUACUUAGUCUUUCUCAAAACCAGGUCUUCGUUUUUUUAAAUUACUAGUAACUAUAAUUGUAGUUAUUUGCUAAUCAUUCAUUUUUGCCUUCCAAGGUUUUCCUGGCCUGAAGCUAAAAGUAGUAUUCUAUCUUGGGCUUUGGGUUACUGAAGGGAAGUCUGCAGGACAUGUGAAUAACUUUAUCCCUGACAUCAGUCUGUGUAGUAAUAAUUCUGUUUUCCACUUGGUUAUAAAAUUUUGAUUGUAAAAUAUUUCCUUGUACCUUACACCUACAUGUGUUAGCCUUUGAACAGAAAAAUAACUUAUCCUUCAGUCAGUGUCGACUGAUCACUACUUGGUGUUUUACCCUUCGAGACGUGAGUCUUCAGACACAGAAAUCCUCCCCUUUAUAAUAGAGGAUAUAAUUUGUGAUACUAGUUUAUUGUGAUUACUUUGUGUAACAAUCAUGAAUAUUACAUCUUAAAAGAUUGUAGAAUAUCUGUUGUACCUAAUCUUUAUAGCCAGCAGGUGUCACUUUGUAAAAUUUGCAAAAAGCAAAACCUCUUGUUGAAGCUUUCUUCAAAGAAUUAAAAGGAUAGCUUAUAGGGAUAUUAGUAACUGAGAUUGCCAUGAUCCUCUUCUACGAACAUUGUGAAGGUAAUACCGACAGUGAGAGUGGGAUCAGUAAUAGCCUUUACAUUGUACAUGGACUUUUAACAACUCACUGGGUUUUCUAAGCUACCAAAACCUCCCAGGACAUUGCAUUAUUAGCAUCUCAGAAAUAGUGCUGAUGGGAGAGUAACUUCAUCAAAUUGUCAAGUACUAUGGAUAUACGUGGUAUCUAGAUUCAGACUAGUAUGAAAUUAAUACAGCAAUGCAAAUAGGUCUAAUUCUUACCUACUUUAAGAAUGUCAAAAAUUUGUUUUCAUAGUCCUACCUUAACAUAGGAUGGUUCAACAGAAAGUCUGACAUUGGUAUCUAUUUUGUAUUUUAUUUAUCUUUUGUUAAUAAAGAUAUAUAAUUGAGAAUUGAC